AUGGUCGGGCACUUGCGUAGGGCCGUCGUCAGCUGUCUUCUUUUGAUCAGUAUCAUCGGUACAUUUGCACAAGAACCCGAACAGGUGGAGGUGACACUAACUGCAAGUGACGACGGCAGUGUACAAAGCAGGGACAUAUCCUCCCUCUUCGAUGAUUUGACGGAUGUCCGACACCUGCGCGCAAUGAAUCAUCUGGGGGGAAGCACCAAUGGCAUUCCUGACGUAUAUCUCAAUUACAUGGAUAUCGAACCGUUGAGGCAACUCCUCGAGGGAGUCGUGGCCCCCCCAGUGAAAGUCUCUCCUGGUCAACGGUUCGAGAACGCCAUAAGGCUCAUGACGUGGGAGAACACGUCAGUAGUGGCUAUUCUCUGGUUCUCCGUCAUUGGUGUGCUGGUCUCUAUCGGUCUCGUGAUGCAGUUUACUCUUCUGGGAAUAAAAAUGUGUCUUCGAAAGUGUUCGAAGAAAACCGCACUUCCCCUGGUAUCGCGAACAGUUUCCUCGGCGACACCGGCAGGGACGAAGAAGGCGUAA